AUGGCUGAUCGGCAUUACUACGAUCCAAGAGAUCAUCGACGAACACAUGAAAGUGCGCCAUACGAAUCGCCCCAUUCAUCUUAUCGAACACAAUCCGACCAAUACAGACCAUCCUCUUACGCUUCUUCACAAAGAUGGCAAGACGAUCAAACUGCUCCUCCGCCUUUGCCUGCUCUCAGCGCUGGUGGUGUGAACAGAGGUAGCAGCAGUAGCAGUAAUGGUGGAAGAAUGCUAGAAAGCAUGCAUUAUCAUCCUUCUAGUCAUUCUCGAUAUGCUUCACCACCUCCACCGGAAAAUUAUCCUCGUCAAUCUCCGCAACAGAGUCGUACGCAUCAACGUGCUCAAUAUGCAGAUUAUCAUGAUGCUCCACAAUACAGUUCAAGCACUCGCCCAAUAAGUGGAGAUCGAUAUGGUCAUUACGAAGAUCACGGUUAUGAUCGUGAUUCUCGUGCCAGUCAUAGAGGUGCAGCAUAUGAAGAAAUGCCGACUCGAUAUUCCGCAGAUCCUCAUUCCAACACGCACCGCAGUCAGUCAUAUCACCAAACCCGAUUGCCUUCCUCACAUCACACCUCAGCCAUCCAGAGACAGCCCAUUUCGCCUGUUCCAACUCAUCAUUCACCACAUUAUUCAGCUCGAUCUCAUAUCCAAUCAUCACCGCAUUCACGCUAUGAAUCCGCUCAAAAUCGACAUUCUCGACCUCAAUACGACAUGGACGGAGAUCGUGCAGCAUACAAUCAACAUUAUGAACCAGAUCGAACGUUGUGCUCCUUAUUACCGCCGCCGCCUUUGAAGUUGAAAUCUCUUGAUCAGAUUCAAAUCACAAUAUCUCGGAUUGCGCGCGCGCACGCGUAAAUGAGAAAUGAUGCUAAGGAUGCAAUGCAUCUUCCACAAUGCACGAACCCUCCUCUGCUUCGUACGGGCUGAGCAUUUUUAUUUUUCAAAAGAAGAGGAAAAAGAUUAUCAAUCAAAAAAAAAGAGAGGAGGAGGGAUUGCUGGCAAUUCGGUUUCCCCCCAAAAGAAAAGAGGAGGAAUAGAAGCGCUUGCGCUAAGAAGAAAGAAAGUACGCUGAGAUAGCUCAUGGCAAACAUCAUACUUUUUUUUGCAUAUUGAAAGACACGUAUCAUUCGGCUUUCCCCUUCUUUGAAGGCGCAUAUAAGCCCGCUCCAUUCUUUUGAUUGCCUUUUGCGCAAUACCUUUUCAUUCUUGCCCCUCAUCUUACCACGUUUCUUGGCGUGCCGUAUGCAAGCGAUGUCUUUCAGCGGCUCUCCAUCUCAUUGAACAUAAUCACAUCAAGAGCAAACACUGACUUUCCUCUUUUGCUAUUCUUAGUGGUCUCAAUAUCCAUCUC